AUGGGCAUCUCCAUCCUCCCCGUCGCUAGCUCUGAUCUGCCUAUGCUCUCCGAGUUUGUGCACUCCUCCAAGCUCUGCCUCACCAUCAAUCGGCUGCUGUAUCUCAACUGGCCUAAUGAUGCUGCCCAGAAGCCCCAGUACAGACGUGCUGUUGAAUCUUCAUUCAACAACGACAAUGUUCAAUGUCUCAAAGCCGUGGACGAAGAAUCGAAUGAGCUUGUCGGUUAUCUUGUGUUGACGCCAAAGACUCCCGUUGAAGCGAGAAAAGAUAGCGAGAUUGGCAGCGAUGUCGAGGAACAAAGCGUGCCAGAGGGGAUGCAUGCGGGUGUUUUGUCGGCAGUGAAUAGCGCCGCGGCUGAGAUAAAUCGAGAGACGGAUAGCCUUGACCAUUUGGAGUUGACUUACAUCUACGUAAAGCCAUCGCAUCGCCAGAAAGGGAUCGGCUCACUGUUGCUACAGGAGGCGUUCAGCAGGGCGGAUGCCGCUCAUGUUCCUCUUGCGCUUUGCUCUGAGCCUGCAGCAUACACCUUUUAUAAGAAUCGUGGUUUCCAGGACACCAAACAUGUCGACAUUGAUCUUCGUCUGUGGGCUCCUCCUUACACAGGCUUUGGGAUAUUCAGACUGAGCGGCAUGAUUCGGGGAGUGGAAAGCGAAGUGUCGGGGGCGGACCUCCAGUGA